AGGCCAGCUAAAAACUAAGGAUGAACGAUUUUCUUGACUUUUGGUGAAAAUGAAGAACGCACCUGACCUCCGAAUCACGUUCGUUAUUGUUUAGUAAAUAUUUAAGGCGUCCUGGGCAUAUUUUUGUUUUACAACAACAAAUUGCUCAUCUAAAGUCGACAUUGUGCGCUUAACGCGCGUCAAUGCGCCUCGCCAGCUGGGGAGCGAACACCGGAAGUUAGCAAUAAAUGCUAACGCACGUAGCUCUGGUGCGGGUGUUGUUGUUAUUGUGCCGAAAUGUGUCGAAAAGUCCAAAAACUGAAAGCGUUUGUGAACGAGCGACUUACUGCCGCCGCGGAGGAAAUCUUUGUCGUGUUUGAAAGAACCAUAGCGGAGUACGAGGAGGAACUUUGUCGCUCCAAAGAGGAGAUAGAGCGACAACGUCAACAACUGGACACCUUUUUAAAGCCUCAAGUUCGUGUCAGCACAGCAGACGUCGGGGAAAGUCAAGCUGAUGUUGGCAUUGAGCAGCAGCAUGAGGAGCCGGAGCCCCCCCACAUUAAAGAGGAAAAGGAUCUUGGAGGGUCGGAGGAGGCUGAUAUUCGCACUUUCCAUGUGAAGAGCGAAGAUGACGACGAGGCAGAGCAAGCAGAGUGGUCACAGUUUUUUCUCCACAGAGAGGAGGAGACAAGUCAUCACAUGAAGACAGAAGAUGACGAUGGAGCAGAGCGACACACAGGUCCACUGUCAGACUGUGAGGACACAACGACAACAUCGACUGAGACUGACGACGCGGAAGAACCCUUAAAGAGCAAUGAAGAUUCCAAAGGGGAGAAAACGUUUGUCUGCUCUUUUUGCAGCAAAAACUUCAACCGCAAGGACAGUUUCGUCCGCCACAUCCGAGGUCACACCGGAGAAAAACCUUUCAGCUGUUCAAUCUGCACCAAAAGCUUCAAAUAUCGCUACGAAAUUAGCCGCCACAUGAAAAUCCACACCGGGGAAAAACCGUUCAGCUGCUCGGUUUGCGGGAAAAUGUUCGGUCGCAGGGAGCACUUGCUCUCCCACAUGAGGAGUCACACUGGAGAAAAACCUUUCAACUGCUCAGUCUGCAGCCGGGGAUUCAGCCAGCGUUCGCACUUGGCGGCGCAUUCGCGGACGCACACCGGAGUGAAACCUUUUCCCUGCACGGUUUGCGGCAACACCUUCUCGCUGAAGUGCGUUCUGAUUGCGCACAUGAGAACGCACACAGGAGAGAAGCCGUUCACCUGCACGGUGUGCGGCAACAAGUUCACUCGCAAGAGGCAUUUGUUGAUGCACAUGAGAAGACACGCCGGCGAUAAAAGUGCUCAGCUUCAGUGUGCAUCGUUAAAGAAUAACUCCAAUCCAGAUUAAGAUGCACUGUGCUGGAGUUUGACUGAACAACACAAACUGACCAUUCUUUUGGUUUGUACAUGUAGUCAACUUAUAGUCACAAAUAAACACACUUUUCUUCAGCACAAAAUAAUUUAUGGAAUUAUCUGUUUUUAAUGAUGAAAUAAAAAUGCUGGAUUUUUUUUCACAA